CUCUUGAAACAAAAUAAACCCUUUCUCUACCAAACAUACAAAAGUUGUUUUGAAAAAAUAAGACCCGAAUGGGAGGGCGACUCUAUUAUAUUGGAUAUAUUGACUGCAAUCGUGUUAUUUAAUCCGGAUCGUCCGAACCUAUUGUACAGAGAAAUGGUUAAACUCCAACAACACGUUUACAUGUAUUUACUGCAACGCUAUCUAAUGAUGAGAUAUCCGUCGAAAUAUGAAUCAAAAACCAAAUUUCUGCGGCUAAUGAGCACUUUAAUUGAUUUAAACCUCUUGAGGGAGACCCACGUGAAAAGCUGUAUCGAAAUGGCCCAGGAUAAACUGAGCCCUUUGCUCCGGGAGGUUUGCGACUAUUCCCAGAUAGGCUUUGGAAGCUUUAGUGCUAUUACAGGAAAUUGAGUUCAAUUAACUUAAAUGAAAAUGUGUUGAUUAAGGACUCAAUUUAGUUAUAGACUCUAUGUUUUAAUAGAUUUUUAAUUUUAUAAACAAUUUAUUCUUAUACUUUAUGAUCAUCACAAACUUACGUG